AUGGCUCUACGAUCCACUUUCUUCUUGAUCUUGCUUUCGACCAAAUCGUUCGCACAGGUUCAAGAUGACUGGUCAUCGCUGAACCAAAGCGUUGGCGGCAAGCUAUUCGAAGCCAAACCCUUAGCAUCACCAUGCUUCUCCUUCUACGAGGGCUCACCGCACCAAAUGGAUGCAGCAGAAUGCGAGCGACUACAAAAAAACUAUACUUCCAUGGACUUGCGUAUCGAACGGUACGCAGGCUUUGCAAACUCCCAGGAUGAGAUGUGCAUGUCAAACACCACCGACCAAUGCCUGCUCGACAGCACCAAUCCGUCGAACGCACUAGCCUACAAAAAUGUAUCGUGCAACCAAGGGAGCGUAUCGAGUUACUACAUCACUGUCUCUUCGGCUGAGGACGCCCAAGCCGCAUUUUUAUUCUCGCGCCGGACUGGGACUAAGCUCUCCAUAAAGGCGACCGGGCACGACUAUAACUCGCGCAGCAGCAUCAAGGGGACGCUUGCGCUGUGGAUGAGGGGCUUGCAGAACAUGUCUCACGACCACUAUUUCGUUCCGCAAGGCUGCGACUCUGGAGAAGCCGUUGAUGCUAUGACAUUCGGAGCUGGCGUAAUAGCAGAUGAGGCGUACACUUUCGCAGAUGCCGAAGGGGUGACUGUUCUGGGUCCAUACGCAUCUACAAUCGCAAUGUCUGGCGGGUGGCUCCAAGGUGGCGGCCACUCUGUGUUGAGUCCAGUGUUCGGCCUUGGUGUCGACCGCGUGGUGCAGUUCAAGAUCGUCACUCCGGACGGACAUGUUCGCAUAGCAAACAAGUGCCAAAAUAAAGAUGUGUUCUGGGCAUUACGCGGGGGAGGUGGAGGUACAUUUGGUGUUGUACUCGAGGCAACACACAGAGUUGAAAGCAAGUCCGUUCCGCUGGCAGUAGCGAGCAUGAGCUUCCCAACCGCUGCCGACAAGUCGAAUGUCAUGCCCUUCCUCGAGAUUUGCGUCAACGAGUCCCUGCGAUGGGGAAGGGAGGGGUGGGGCGGACACAUUCAGUUCAUGACUACGAAGCUCAUUCACGUCACCCCACUGCUCUCGCUCGAAGAAGCGGAAAACUCCAUGCGACCGAUCACAGAGUUCGUCAAGUCACAGAAAGGAACAGCCAUCAUCGAGAUGCUUCCGAGUUGGUACUCGUUCUACAAGAAGUACCUCAUCCCCAACAUCGCGCCAGUAGGGCAGACUCGCAUCCUCGCAACAAGACUAAUUCCCACGACCUUGUUCGAGACGGCCGAAGGCAGGACAAACCUCACUUUUUUCCUCGCUGACAUUGUUCAGAACGGCCUGCUUCCUUAUAUCCCCGUAUCAACCCCGUUCCUGGUUGACGAUCCACAUAACACGACCUCAGCAAACCCAGCAUGGCGAGCUUCUUUAUGGCAUCUAGGAUAUGGCGCGAUCACGUUGCCGUGGAACAGCACUCUAGAGCAGACCCGCAUGGCGCUGAAGAAGUCUGCUUCGUUCGUCGAGAAGGCGGAGAAGCUGGCACCGAGCAGCGGGACAUACUUCAAUGAAGCAUUUCCAUGGACGAACGAGUGGCAAAGGGAGUUUUGGGACGGUAAUUAUGGAGAAUUGUUAAGGAUCAAGAGGAUAUAUGAUCCUGAUAUGCUCUUGAGUUGCUGGAAGUGUGUGGGCUUCGAGGAUUCGGUGGAUGCGCGGAGCUCAUUUCGGUGUCUUGACGAUGUACUAAAGUAG